AUGGCGAAAGGCAAGAAGAACGCGGGCGCGGGCUCUGCGCAGCAGGGCAGCAAGAAACAGGGUUCGGACAACAAAAACAAAAAAGCUAGCACAACCUCCAGCACGACCGCCGUUGCAGCCGCGACAUCGUCGUCGUCGGCCUCGGCUACCAGCACGACCUCGACCACCAGCCCUGACAUUGCGGAGCAAAUUACGAACAGCCUGGUGAAGUUCUUCGAGUUUUGCGAUCGGAGCGCUCAGUCGGAAUUGUACAACCUACCGUCGAAGGCGAUAAAUUUCAAGCAGGAGACGAAGGUCGAGUGGCUCUGCUUGAAGGAGCGGAAGAUUGUCAAGAAGACCAAGCAAGGGGCCGAGUACGACACUUCCACGCGAAGUCCGCUCCCCUGGUUCAAAGAUGCG